CCACGACAGAUAUAUCAGCGGAACGGUGGCGAUCCGUUGCAUCAGUUUGUCGCGGCACGGCAUCGGCUAAAGUGGUCGACACGCAGGAAACACGCACAGAGCAAUUUCUAUAACCGAUUCAACGAGCUACGUCCAUCAUGAGGCUGAACUCGAUCGUACCAAACUUCACCGCGGACACCACUCAAGGUCCAAUUGAUUUCUACAAAUGGCAGGGGAAUUCAUGGGUGGUUCUGUUCUCGCACCCCGCAGACUUCACCCCGGUCUGCACCACCGAGUUGGGUCGCUUGGCUGUCCACCAGCCAGAAUUCGAGCGCAGGAACACCAAGCUGCUGGCUCACUCCGUCGACGAGCUGAAGGAUCACGUCGACUGGGUUAACGAUAUUAAAUCUUAUUGCAAAGACAUUUGCGGCUCGUUCCCUUACCCAAUCAUCGCGGACCGCGAUCGCAGUCUGGCGGUGAAGCUAGACAUGAUCGACGAAGAAGGCAAAGAUGAUCCAGAAAAGGCAAUAACCGUGCGGGCGCUCUACAUCAUCAGCCCCGAUCACCGUCUCCGUUUGUCGAUGCACUACCCGACGUCCACUGGUCGCAACGUCGACGAGAUUCUGCGUGUCAUCGACUCGCUGCAGCUCGUCGAUAGGAAGCCAGAGAUUGCCACUCCGGCCAACUGGGUGCCGGGAGAGAAGGUGAUGAUCCUGCCAACCGUCAAAGAUGAGGAUCUCCCGAAAUUGUUCCCCGGUGGAGUGGACAAGGUGUCGAUGCCUUCUGGAAAGGUCUACGUCCGCACCACCACCAACUAUUGAGCAACCCGAGCGAUUCGUACCGAGUUAACGGUACAGGUUUCCCUUGAAUAAUCUCAUAAUCCGAAUGAUGUAUCGUGUAAGUUCUGUUUAAAUAACAAAAUAAAAUGUUCCGACGAGACACGCCACGUGAAAUCACCGACCGAGGUGCUUUUAAUGAGUUUCCGAACAAACAUCGCGAACCGCCAAGAGAUAUAAUUAGCCUCCCGACCGGCUAUUGAUAGAGGAGCCGCUACAUAGAUAACUUCUGUUUACGCGCCGUCGUAAUCUAGCCUCCCCCAAGCUUCCGAUAACAAUUUUAUCGGGCACGAUGCUAUCGUUGCGUAACAGUGUUCGAUUUUUCGCCAGCUGCUGAAUUAUAUUUACACUCAAUUUCCUUUGAGAAUUAACGAGAGGCAAUUUCGAGGUAACUUAACCGACUUUUAUCGCGAAAAGAUGACUUCAAUUCAACUUCCAAGAAGAACAAAGUCUUUUCCAAGAAUAUACUUAAACUACAAAUUAAGCUAUCAUCAUUUUUAAAUUGAUCCUUUAACGAUAAUGUAUUUA